AUGUCUGGCUUCGAAAUCGCUGGUUUGGUUCUGGCGAUCUUCCCAUUAGUGAUUUCAGGUCUGGAGCAUUAUGGGUCCAGUGUGGAGUCGAUGAAGGAAUGGAUUCGGUAUGAGAAGGAGUUCAAGAUGUUUCAGAAUGCUCUGAAUAUACAGAGACUCUUCUUUUACCAGAAUAUUCAGAAACUUCUGUCACUCACAGUGCAGUCUGACCAUGAGAUGGCAAAGAUGAUGAAUAACCCCCAUGAUCCCCUUUGGAAGGACCCUCGGUUAGAGGUUGCCCUCCGCCGACGUCUACCAGGUGAAAUGGAGUAUUCUUGCUACAUGGAAAGCGUUGAGACCUUUCAUGAGGCACUCCAGAAAUUGGAAACAAAGAUUCAACCAUUACAAGAAAAGGUUCGUUUUCGUCUUGAGAGACUUGGAUAUUAA